UUGCUGGUAGAGAAGACUAACGUCAGUGUAGGUGAUCGUGUGACUAUACAAUGCCUCACACUGAAAGGAAGACCUCCACCAAAAAUUUCUUGGUAUCAUGACAAUACCUUAAUUAACGGACGGUACUUGUUUAACCAGAAAGAAAUUGAACUGAAAGAUGCAGGAUCUUACAGAUGCGAUGCAAAAAAUAAUGCAGGCGAAGAUAAAUCAGAAGUAAAAAGUGUUACCGUAAAUGAAAAGCUGGUUCGGAGAGAAGGUGAUAAUGAGAAAGAUUACUUGCCAAAAGUUUGAAUACAAGUCCAAAAACUUAAAUAUUUUGCAAAAUUCUAUUACAGACAUUUCCAAUAAGUACCGUUGUUAGAUGCUGAACUGUGAAGUUAGUUUAAUAACUGAUUAGCAUGAUUUCAUUUAAACCACAGUUGAAACAAAAUGUAUCGGAUAACAUUAAACAUUAGCUGAAUUACAGACUCAUGUUCGGAAAGAAUGGGGAUAAAUUCCCAGAAAAAUUUUUUAUUUUUCGGUGCAGAAGGUCCCGGAAGCUAGGAAUGUGCAACUGCAUGUUGACAGAUACCCCAACUUUUUAAAAUAUCAUCCGAUACAUUUUGUUUAAAAUAGCUUAAAUGAAAUCAUGCAAACUAGUUAUUAAACUAAAUGCAUAUAAUUGAACAAUAACCUUUUGCGAAAGUCGGUAACGGAAUUUUGCAAAACAUUGAACUUUUUGGGCUUGUAUUAAAACUUUUGGUAAGUAACUGCAGCUCAAUUGUAAUUCUUAUAUAUAUCAAAACAAUGGUGUUAACAAAGUCCUUCCAGUGAACAACAAUAUAUUGCAGGUUCACAAGGUACUACUUGCGAAUACUAUAUAUUGCAGGUUAACAAUAAACAAAGCUCUUGCUGAAAUAUGGGCCAAGUUUGAUUUGAAUGUUUAAUGUUUGUGAAUUUUUUGCUCCAAUUAUUUGCCUAAAAUAUGUAUUUAUCAGUGGCGUAGGCAGGAUUUCUGGCCAAGGGGGGCCCAAAAAAAUCAUGGGGAGGGGUCACUUUAAACAAGAUGAAAACUGAAAAGAAGAAAACAAAGUAUGUACACAUAGGCGCACUCAAUUAGUUUUGUUUAAUUGUAAAACUGCAAAUACAACAAACGUUAAAUUGAAUAAAAGGUAUAACAACGGUAUAUAAGAAAUAAAAUAUACACACUCAGCCACAUGUUAACCAGUGCCAUAGGAAACUAUUUUUGAUAGGGGGAGCUGAAAGCGAGGGCCAAAGGGCCGAGGAAAUUUUUAAAUUUAGAGUCUCUGAAACGCCAUUUCCUGGACUUUGGGGGAAGAUUUGACAGAAUUCUGAUGGUCAGAACACAGCGUUUUAGUAUGUCGAAAUUUACAAUUUAGUGGCAUUUAUUUAUUUUAUUUAUUGAAUUUGUCACCAUACAAAAAAAAAUUACAUUGACGAAGACGACGCAUACAUACAUGACAAAAACAAGUUAUAUGUGACAGGAGAACGGAACAGGGCUUUCGUCCCACUUAAAACCUAACCCCUUAUAACAUACACAAUGUACUAUUUCUCUUUGCUCGACAAUAUAUACAUAAUACUUUUGUAUACAUUUAUAUACAUAUACACAUAUUUGGAAACGACUAACAUGACAAAAAGAAGUUCAGGAAUGACUAUUAUUACCCGGAACAACCAGGAGGACUGUAUGUUGAUAACUUUGUAAUGUACAAGUUAAUUAGGGUCACUGGGCGAAGGCGUGUUUAAUUAAGUAUAUAUUGGAUAAGUUGCAGGAAAGUAUGGGUAAUAUCUUCACUCUUUGCAGUUUGUCAUGGAUAAUGUAGCCACUUAAAAUUAAUCAAUUGUCAGUAUUUUAAAAGUAUAUUAUUCAAAUGAUAAAGGUCAGCAUGAUUUUGAAAAAAGAAUGAUUAUUAGGAAAUUAUUGUGGGAGGGCUGCAGCCCCCCAGGCUCCCACCCCCCUCCUUGGUUCCUACGGCCCUGAUUAACCUGACUAGUAAGUUUACCUUGUGACAUGGGUUUGCCGAUAAAGUAAAACCCUGCACGUACGACCAACUUGUUUGUUUGGUAUUUUGAUAAUUAAAGAGGUAUGCCCCGAAUAAUGGUAAGUUAAUUUACCAAACUCUCCUUAGUUGCUGAAAAUGUUAAAAGCUGAAAACUCUUUCUAUAUGUUUCGAUUAAGAGACUACAAAUUGAGCCAACAGUACGCGAAAAUUGGUCGUCUGUCUUACCAGAUAUUUUGCUGCUCAUGCAAUCAUAUGCUGGAUACGUUAGUGCAUGGUAUUGCCAUAUUGCUUUUGGCCUUUGCCGGUCGUCCAGUCCUCUGGCAAUACAUUCAUUCAAUUUGCUGGUCAUCCUGAAUGAUUUAGUAAUUUUCUUACCUUUAGAGCCAGUAAAUCCACUCACAACGUCUUUUUACACUCUGACCUCAACCAUACCCAAACCAGGAGAAUAUACAAG